AUGCGUAAGAGAACUGAAGCGCAGCCCCCUUCUCUCCCCGAUUUAACUAGAGAAGCUGCGGGCAGCGUAUCAAACAUCAAUAAUUCCUCAAAGGGAUCUUCAUCAGUGAAUAAUUUUAAGGAUAUUUCCGUUAAUGGUGAAGAUAGUAGCCUUAGUGAUCAGCGUCUUCGCUCGCUCUUCGGAGUUCAAAAUGGUCUUUUGGCGGAUGUCGUCCACGUGCUUCUCGAAUAUGCACAUCUCAUCCUGGGACCCCAGUUUUCCUCUCUCGCUCAGCUUGCCCAAUAUCUCGUAAUCAAUCGCUAUGUCAAUUCGAGAUCGAAGCAUGCUUUUGCCCUAAUUGCAUUUGCCGAAAAUCAGUCUAGCUCGCCUUCCAUUCCUUCUACUCAUGACCUUGCCUCUUCUCUCUUUGAUGUUCUCCAACGCGGUGGAAAGUCCCAGACUAGUGGAAAUAGCGAUAAUAUUGGUUCCCUUCCACUCCUGCCAAAUCCUGAAGUACGAACUCGAACCCAGAUUGUUUCCAAGAUAAGUGGACAAUCAAACACUCCUAACUCAACUAUCCCAUACUCAUCUGGAACGCCCGAUCGGCUUUCUCAGACUUCCAAUUCAACAAGGACUUCCACCCCCAAGGCCUCUGAUGCUCAAACCUUUCAUGGUUCUCCUCUCACUACAUGUAAUAAUGCACUUGGCAAAGUUAAUCCAGUUUCUAAUCCUACUGUCGAUCCAGUUGUACCUCAUAUGAUAAAUACGUCUUCACAUAAUCCAGUUGAGAGUACAUAUUCAGGUACUUCAGCUGUCACAGCUGCUGCUGUUGCCGCAAGUGUUUUAACUGGCUACUCAGCAGCGCUGGCUGGCUAUCCUGGAUAUUACCCCACUCAGUCUCCAUAUUCCAAGCAGUCUACUAAUUCAGCCCAAAUCAGAUCUCAGAUGCCUCCAUCAUCUGAGACCGAAAAUGCUCAAGACUCCUCCGCAGCAGUCGCAUUGGCUGCCGCAGCCUAUGCUGUUCAUCAACAUCAGCUUACUAGCACAAACUCUAACGCUCCUAAUGCGCCCUUGGCUAGCCCUAUGAUUGCCUAUAAUCGGACUCAGCAAUCGUUUACUCGUCAAAUCAGUCCAGUUAAUGCUGGCAAGACCUCAACUUUGGCCACCACUUUUCAUUCUUAUUCUGGAGAAAGUAGUGCAAGCUUGGGCCAUCGCUAUAACGCAACACUUAGUCCCAUUUCGGUCGGACAACAGACUUUCGGAUCUUAUACCGCACCACUUUCUGCCCACUCUGUUUUGCAUCCUAAUUUUCCGUCUGCCGGUACGCUCUCUUCUAGUCCUCGUUUGGCAUCGCCCGUAGACUAUUGUAUUCCUGCUCCGGCUCACCCACCUCUUGGGGCAGGGCUUGGAUCUGCAAUGAGCCCUUACACACCUGCUAGGGGAGCACAGACGAGUGCUAUUUCCAGUGUCGAUGUCACUUCAUCAACAAAACGGUUUACCCCUCCUCCAAUCGAUGCACCUGGAGCCUAUGAACCAUCGCCUCGGUUUCAUUUAGGUGGUUCGAGUCCAAAUAAACGGCCUCGCUAUUUUCAUGGGCAUCCAGCCUCAGUAUCAACUGCUCAAAACAUAGAUAUAUACGAUCUACCUGUCCCCACUUCCAGCUUUACGACAAAAUCAAAUGCAAUUUCGGUCUCGUCUCUCGAAUAUAAUGGCUCAAAGACUCCCGAAGUCCGACUCCCUAAUCGAGGCGCUUCUUUUUAUUCUGGAGGAUAUGAAGGGCUAGGAAUGUUUAGUCCUGCACCUGCCCCUUCAUCUCAAUCUCACCUUUCUACUUCUCCUUUAUCUGUUCUUCCAGUUUCCUCCCUCACGCCUUCAUUGCCUCAUGUUUCUAGCUCCACUCAACCGUCAUGGUCCCAGUUUUCGUCACGACAAGAAGAUUCCUCAUGGAAGGUAAGAGUUCGUAUUGGCUGUAACAACUCACUUUCUCUUUUGCUAGUGCUUAUACUAACUUUUAAAACUCCGAUUGUUGAUAUUUCAUCAUAA